AUCAAUUAGAAUUACGGAGAAAGAACAGAACUGCAACUGGAAAGCGGAGUGAUUUGGGCGCGGUAUCUUUCUUUUUACUGUUUCGCAGGUGGAUCAGGAAGCAGAUUACGGUUCCGACAUCCGAGUCGACUGGGUCAUGGACGGCCAGCGUUUCAGAUCCGACGACCCAUUCCUUCUCAAUUACCAGCCCUCCGAGCUCCGAAUCGCCUCCGAGUUCUUCACAACUUGGCUUCCCUUCCUGUCCAAAGAUCUCUGCUGUCACUGCUCUGUUAUUCUUUCUGAUCGCAUCCGUUCCAUUGACCCAGAGGCUCAUGGUGAUGCUCCAAGAGAGCAAUUUGUUGACGAUUCGAAUGCUUCUGUUGCUAAUAAUAUGCAAUCGCACGAGACAUGUGACAUUCAUGACGAUAGUUGCGAUACCAAUUCUCUCGGGAGUUGGAAAGAUGGGGCAGAAGCAAGUUAUUCGGGCGAAGCAUCUGGGUGGUCUGAGCCAGUGACGGAAAUUUCUGUAAACGAUGUCAGUUGCGAAUUCCCUCUAUUGGAGACCCCGAGUCCUCGCAUGUCUUGGGCGGACAUGGCACAGGAGGAUGAGUUUGGUGAAGAAGAGCAUAACAAGCUGCCGGCGAAUGCAAGUCCUUCGGAUGGAACGAUAACAAGAGUUCCCGAGAAGCCUAAGUUGUCUUGGGAACAGCGAGAGUACAUUAGGUUCAUGAAUGUCCGGCGUAAGAUAGAUUACAUGUGCUUUGAGAGGGUUAAUGGAAAACUUGUCAACAUCCUUGAAGGGCUUGAACUCCAUACGGGUAUUUUUAGUGCUGCUGAACAGAAAAGGAUAGUCAAUUUUGUUGCUUCAUUGCAAGAGAUGGGAAAAAAAGGAGAACUGAAAGAUCGGACAUAUUCAGCUCCUCAAAAGUGGAUGAGAGGCAAGGGACGCCAAACUAUCCAAUUUGGGUGCUGUUACAAUUAUGCAACAGAUAAAGAUGGUAAACCGCCUGGAAUUCUUCAGAAUGUGAUAGUAGAUCCUAUUCCUGACCUUUUCAAGGUCAUCAUCCGUAGGCUGAUCAGGUGGCAUGUACUUCCUCCUACUUGUGUGCCAGAUAGUUGCAUCGUUAAUAUUUAUGAAGAAGGCGACUGUAUACCUCCCCACAUAGACAAUCAUGAUUUUGUUAGACCAUUUUGCACUGUAUCAUUUCUUAGUGAGUGCAAUAUAGUCUUUGGAUCCAACUUAAAGAUUGCAGGUGCUGGGGAAUUCAAUGGUUCAGUUGCCAUUCCCCUGCCUGUGGGAUCUGUGCUUGUGUUGAAUGGAAAUGGAGCUGAUGUGGCUAAGCAUUGUGUGCCUGCAGUUUCUUCGAAAAGGAUAUCUAUCACAUUUAGAAGGAUGGAUGUUUCCAAACGGCCUAUAGGAUAUGUUCCAGAGCCUGAUCUGCAGGGGAUCCAGCCAUUGGCCUUUGAGGAGAAGAGGUCAAAUGGAUCCAGACAUAACCGUCGCCGAAGAGGCCGUAGGAAUGAUGCAAUGGGACCUGCAAUCGGAAGGGAUAGAAAUUUGGAGCCUCACGAAUUAACUCAAAGUGCACAAAGGUCUUCAAGCAGGCAGAGUAGAGGAAGGCCGGGUAGUUGAUCGGUGCUCCGUUAUUAGGAUAAAGGUUCCUACUGGCUCAGGGUUCACUUUCUGGUAUUCACAGCAAAGUGUUGGUUGUGGUCACGUGAUUUUCUUUCUGUGAAAAGGAUCGUCAUGCAGGCCUGAUCGCUUUGGUUUCUGAGGGGACAGAGCGUGGUUUUAUAUAUAAUCACCUUGCAAAUCAAGUUGGUCAGUUGGGAACUGCUUUGGUAUUUUUCUCAAGUAAUGUGAACGUGGAGUCAAGAAUUGUUGCCAUUUGGUAAUACAAGUUAGUUGUGAUUUGCACCUUCUUUAGUACUGAGCCUAAAGACAGUAGGUGUAUCGUUGCCCUUCAAAAUUUUUCUUGAUGCUUGUGUUGGGAAGAGAUUAUUCUUUAUUGAGGCAAUGUUUGUGUUGGGAAGUCUGCUUGGCUGGAUUUCAUGGAUUGGAAUUUAUCGUCGGAUCAGCUACACUCAAGUUAUUUGUAUAAAGAUGGCGCUAGGCAUAUGAAAUCAACACGGUUGUGCUGUGAAGUAUCGUGCUUGUUUUUUCCCCAUACGUGUAUUUUUAUAAGAAAACCGAGUGAUUUUAUUUGCAAGUAUAAUUGUUCGAAAUGUAACCGAACUUGUGUCGAGGGUCGGCCUCAUUAUCAGAAUGGUUGAUGCUUGAUUCCUUAAUA